GCAGAAACAAUAAUGAUACCAGAACGCAAUGUGCUUAUUGCCGCCACGGGUAGUGUGGCUAGCAUAAAGCUGCUGCCUUUAAUUAGCGAACUAAGCAAUGAAAAGCAGCCUUAUAUAUUUAAUAUUAAAGUCAUCAUUACCGAACACGCAAAACAUUUCAUUGAGACGGAUCAAGUUCCAGCUCAUGUGCCCAUUUUAACCGAUAAUGACGAGUGGUUAGCAUGGAACAAACGUGGUGAUCCCGUACUACACAUCGAUUUGGGUAAAUGGGCCGACAUUCUAGUUAUUGCGCCCUUGAGUGCAAAUUCACUGGCCAAAAUAGCGACCGGCAUUUGUGACAACCUCGUAAUGUGUGUGGUACGAGCCUGGGAUUUGGAAAAGCCACUGUUGUUUGCUCCAGCAAUGAAUACACGCAUGUAUGAUCAUCCCAUUACACGCGAGCAGAUUGAUAAACUAAUUAGUUGGGGAUACAAGGAGAUUCCAUGUAUUUCCAAGACCCUCAUGUGUGGCGAUACGGGAAAUGGCGCCAUGGCCGAGGUGUGCGCAAUCGUCGAGGCACUUCGAGCUGUAUUGCAAUUAUCUAUGUAACUACGCAUUUGUUUUAUAAACAAGAUAACAUAAAUUAUAAGUGGCUGGUUCCAGGGUAAAUUCGAAUUUUUCAUUUCUAGACUUGUGCUGGUAAUAAAU